GUAGGACCUAAAUAUUAAAUGAUUCGCUAACCAGAGAAAUCGCCAUUUUUCCUGUUAAAUGACGAAAGAAAGAGGGAAUGGUAAGGGCUGCCAGAAGGAAGAGGAAACGAUCGUUGGUAGUUGAAAGAGGUGGGGAAAAGGAAAGAUAGAAGGGGUGAGAAGCAGGUGAAGUGGGGAUCUAACAGAUCCCCUCGCUCGAUUCGUGGGUUUCACCGGUCUCUUCGACGAUCCAUGGAUCAGUCUCGAUGCAACCGUCCUUUGGGUUUGGUUGCAGUCGUCUUUUUUUUAUGCCCUCUUUACUUCGAAUAUGGCCACUUUAUUUUUCGAGUUGGAUUUCAUUUUUUUCAUGACAAUUCCAAAGCAUGGUGUUAUUUUCGAACAAGUGACGAGCCUAACGAAGGAAUUAUUAGUAUAGUGUAAAUAUUAAUGAAUUUUUCGUGUCUAAUCGUAAGAUGCGUUUACGAGCUUUUUUUUCUUAUUAAUGUGUACGAAGUGAAAUCAUUUUUUACUGGGUCAAAAUCGUUAAAAGAUUUUUAGUGAAACUCGAUAAUAGAUUCUUAAGAGUAUACUCUCGGCGUUAUCCACUAUUUUAUAUUCUUUUUCUUUUUAUAUUUUUUUGACGAUCAUAAGUGAUACAAGAUAUAGGAACAUAUCGAAGAUACGAUCGUUUGAGCGACGAUACGAUCGUUCGAGCAUUGAAGUCGGUAGCAUGAAUGUUCUGUAUGCCGUCUGUUCGGAGAGUUCGAUGCGUGGAUAAGAAGCUACAUUUUUUUUGUCGAACAAAAAUAAUAUCAUUCGUUCGAUUUGCGGAGGAAAAAGAUUUGAUUUUAAUUAUCUCGCACGUAGAAGAUUUAUUUUUAAAAUAUAUGAUCGUUCCGAGUAUAAUUUUAACGAAACAAUUCGAUAUCUCGUAGUAAGUUCGAUAUCAAUAGGAUAACAUCUUUUUUCGCAUUGAUAUCAAGAAGUAAAAAAAUUUGAUUACUGAAUAAGAUAAAACGGCAAUUAAAAUUACCGCCGUUUCGAAACGUAUAAUUUUUUUUUCAUCAGGCAGGUGGCGCUGAUCGUUGGCCCAGUUCAAAACGCGCCAAUCGACAUUUUUUUUGCGUCGUUAAUAAACGAUUCCUUCGAAGCGCGAUUUCGAAGACCCGCUUAUUAUCGAGAAAACCAUCGACGAUAUACGAGAACGCGAUCAAAAAUUUCGAUCAACGAACAUCGAGUGGAUACCUUUCGAACAUUUUGCGAACGAGGUAACCUGAUUAAUAGUGCGCAGUUGAAAUUGUUCGUUGGUUGGAAUUCGUCGUGGUAAAGUGUGUACGUACGAGCGUGCGUGUGUAGUGUAUGUGUGCGUGUGUAUGAUCGUGCAGUGCGUGUGUGUUCGAAACAGUGUCUUUUAUUAUAUUUCAUUUCAUCAUUUAUCAUCGUUCUUUUUUAUGAUGGAUACAAGCUGAACGAAUAUUCAUUUAUCCGUUGGAUCUUCUUUCGAAAAGGACUACUUUCGACGGGCAUGUAUGGCUGGUGCGUGGCUGGAAUGGCAGAAAAGUUACGCGAAGCUUGCGUUCGUGGCGAGGCCGAACGUGUCGCACGUCUUCUCGACGAAGGAAUCAAACCACAGCCGGAUGAAAAUGGACGAAGUCCUUUGCUAUUGGCUGCAGCACUCGGCCACACUGAUGUCUGUAAUGCUCUUCUGCUUCGUGAAGCCGAGGUUAAUGCAGCCGACUCGGGCGGCGUGACUCCUCUACAAAGGGCAGCUGCCGAAGGCCACUUGGAGGUGGUUGAGCUACUCCUCAAGCAUGGAGCAGACGUCGCACGGCAGGAUACGCUUCAUGGAAACUCGGCUUUGCACGAAGCCUCAUGGCGAGGAUACAGCCGGACUGUUGCUGCUUUGGCAAAGGCCCUCGGGACUCAACGCGCUCCUUUGCACGCGAGGAAUCUAGCUGGAUUUGCACCGCUUCACCUCGCUUGUCAAAAUGGCCAUAACCAAAGCUGUCGAGAACUUCUCCUCGCUGGAUGCAAUCCUGAUCUUCAAAACAAUUACGGAGACACGCCACUUCAUACAUCGGCACGUUACGGUCAUGCAGGUGUUACGCGUAUUUUAAUAUCCGCGCUUUGCAGGGUCUCUGAACAAAAUAAAAACGGUGACACGGCACUUCACAUUGCCGCAGCGAUGGGCCGUCGGAAGUUGACGAGGAUACUUCUUGAAGCCGGUUGCGAUAGGACGCUGCGAAACAAGCAGGGCGAGACAGCGAAGGAUAUAGCUCGUCGCAAAAACCUGACGGAGAUACUCGAGAUAAUCGGUAAGGCCAGAAGCAAGAGUCGAGCUCGUAGCAAGAGUCGCGACGAGGAGUCGAGUAACAACGACAAGGUCGAUGGCAGUGGUGGCAGUGCUGUCGCUGCAAAGUGCGAUAGAAACGAAAAGAAACGGGAAAAGACUGGUAGCGGUACCAGUGGUAGUAGGGAUGGUUGUACGAUCAAGAAGGAAAAGAAGAAACAUAAAGGAGGUAGUGCCGGUAGCGGUGGAAAGACUCACAAGGUCCAUUUCGAGAAAGCUGUGAUGGGAAGACAAUGGUCACCUUAUGGUUGUCAUUAUUACCCGGAUCCAGAUUCUUUUCCACAGCCAAGAUUAGACUCGUUACCACCGGACCCAUUAGGAAGGGGUGAACAAUAUUAUUUGGAUUUAGCUGGUAACAUAAGAAAGGGUCCGGUCGGUGUAGGCUAUACUUGUUAUUGCGCACCUUUCUUUAGGCAUAUGGAAGCAAAGUUAGAAAGAGACAAGGCAGAAUUAAAGGCACAUAUCGAUCAGGCACACGAAAGAUUGGAUUUGAAAGUGGCCAAUCUUGAGAGAAGAACCCGUGGACAGAUUUCAGAACUUACCAGAUGCGUAGCAGCUGAAAGGGCACGUUGCGACGAAAGACAUCAGCAUAUUCAGCAGAGAUUGUCUCGUGGUGGAAGAGGUAGACACAGUGAGAGACCAGCGAGAACGUCGAACGUCGACGAUCAAGUCCCUCCUACUCGUGCCAGAUCUCUCGAGGAUUUACUUGAUGAUAGACCACAGGAUAGAAGCUUUGAAAUUCCCGGCGAGACUCCUGUUUAUCGAGGUAGUCUCGAUGAUUUAGAUAUUCCUGCUAUACCUAGGCUGAGCAAAUCGAUGAAGGAUCUUCCUUCGGGAUCGGGUAUGGCUAGGUCGACCUUGAGAGUACUUGACGUUCCAGCAAGAUUGAAUGAGACUUUCGAUGGUGUCAUCAGGCAAGAUCGUAGCUCUCCUCUUGGUGCAGCAUCGUCGCCGUCUAUGAGCUCGAGACAACAGACUCGUCGGCAACGGACGUCUCUCUCGCAGGAACAGGGUCCUAAUAUUAGCCAGGAAGACAAUAACGCUACUCGUAAGAACGGCGAAGAAAAUUCUGGAGAAUGGAGAUCGUCGCCGAGUCGUCGUAGCGUACACGAGAUGAUCAAACGAUUUCAACAAGUACCUGGCAUGCAUAAUGGCUGGCGUGGACAACGUUCUGGUAGUAGCGAACCUACCAGCCCGGAACACAGUCAGUGUUCUCAAAACAAAAGGAUUCAACCACAGGGUGGUGUAGGAAAUAGCUGGCACGGUGAAGGUGAAGGUAACAACAGUGAAAGUAGCGAGGGAGAGGAUGACAUGGAGCAACCAGAAGCCCUGAAAGGAAAUGUUUCGAACAAAGGGGUUAUACAAGAAGAUGUUCAUUACGACAGCAUAGCCAGGAUGCCUUACAGAUCGCGUAGUGCUGUUUAUAGUCCUACUCCACUCUUGCACGAUGCUCACAAUGAUUCUGGAUAUAGUACACGUAUGUACGGAUCGAGUAAGGGAGCUUCGCCUUCUCUCUCAGGACAAUUAGAAUGCGACGUUAUUCUACCACCUUCGCAAGGAGGUGCCUUCCCAAGCGGAGAACAAUUGGCUGCUUUAUUGGAACAACCAAGAGGACAUGACCUGACUGUUUACGAAAGAGGCGCAGACAAUGUUGUUAUUAAUAUAGGAACUGCGAGUCUCGUUUAACGUAUUUUUCUUUUUUGCGAGAUUUGUCAAGUGUAAACAUGGAACUUCCAAAGAUGACGCAAAAAAAAACGGGUAAUUCGCUCGUAAUUUUGUAAACUCGUCAUUAGCGAAAGGUUAUACAUACACUGCGUUCUUCUUUAGAGACUUAUUCACGUACCUUCCAUUAUUUUUUAAUUAAUUGUUCAAUACGUGCUCAUUUUUGUAGAAUAAUAGCAAUUACAAGCGAUUUCUUUUAUACAUAUACAUAUACCUGUGUGUUCAUAUUUUUAUAUAAAUAUUAUCUUAAAAGAAGGAAUCGAAAUGUUAGUUGUUUGUAAUUUGAGUACAAAUGUAAGUGUUUUCGAUCGUCAUAUUAACGUAGUUAUCUUCGAUCGUGUGUGG